AUGGCAGAAGCUAUAAAAACUCAAAAUCCUGAGAAGGUAUCUCAGUGCAAAGAUUUAUUUAAAUUGAUAAAAUUUGAAUGGUCAAUUAAGGUGAGGAAACUAGCAACCACAACAUUAUCAUACCGAAGAUUCAACAAAGAACACAGCUUACCAGAAGCAGACGACCUGGUAAAAUUACAACAACACAUCAAAGGAGAAAUUAAGCAACUAAACUUAAAAGAUUCACGUUAUUUGAAUUACAGAAGAGUUGGGGUUCUAGCAGAAACAAGAAUACUUUUGUUCAACAAACGCAGAUCUGGUAAAGUGGAGGGAAUGAGCUGUUUAACUAAUAUUAAAAAAUCAAUGCGAGAAGGAUUAACUGCACUAGAAAAUUAUCUACUGACAAGUCAAGACUUAAUUGAAAUCCAUGGUAAGAAUGGUAAUGGUGUACCUGUCAUUGUGCCAAGUGAUACGAAGGCCCUGUUAAAGUAUUUAGCUAUUGCAGAAAACAGAUCCAAUGCUGUGAUAUACGAUUCCAAUUGA